AUGGCCAGCCUACAGACCCCGCUCCUGGCUGCCCUCGUCCUCCUUGCUAUGGUACUUCAAGCAACCGACGCAGGCCCUUACGGCGCCAACGUGGAGGACAGCAUCUGUUGCCGGGACUACAUCCGUCACCCCCUGCCCGUGCGAGUGCUGAAAUAUUACUACUGGACUUCGGACUCCUGCCGGCGGCCCGGUGUCGUCUUGCUAACUCUCAAGGACCGGGAGAUCUGUGCUGACCCCAGACUGCCCUGGGUGAAGAAGAUUCUCCAGAAGCUGGACCAGUGAGGAAGGGCUCUGCCCUGACGACGUGGCCUUGGCUCCUCCAGGAAGACUACGGAGCCCCAGCUCCCUGCCAUUGCAGCUGCUCCCCGACACAAGCCUGUGCCAACGACUCUGCAGUCCCCGAUCUCCAUCCCUGCAGCUGUCACCCUAGGUCAAGCCCCACACUGUUACUCUCAUUUCCCCUCAUCCCUCCAACCCAUCCUCUGCGCCACUGCAGCCAGAGGGUCCACGAUCCUGGUCAGCCACUCCCCUGCUCAAAUCCCUUCCAUGGCUCUCCACUGCCCUAGGCUGAGGUCAGAGCCCCUGAGCCUGGCACCCCUGCCCUCUGGAUCUGGGUCUCAUCCCUGUCUCCAGCCCUACCUCACUUCCCUUCGUGCAUGUUGGACUCCAGCUCCCUGUUUUCCAAACCCAUGCCGUACAUUUCCACUCCUGGGUCUUUCCCCAGGCCACUCCUGAUGCCCGGAAUGUCUCCCCAUCCCCCGUACUGGUCCAACCCUACCAGCCCUCCAUCGCACCGCUCGGCCUAACCAGCCAGUAGUUGAGUUUCAUUUUUUAGACUUCCCCUGGUCCUCUGCCUCCUCUUAAAAGCCCUGAUCACAAUCUGCCUGGAAUUCUCGGGACUUGGGGGCUUGUCCUCCAGCCCCACUGGCUGGACCAAAGUCCACGCCUCAGUUACUCUUGGCUCCCGGCCUCCAGCACAGAGCAAGGGGCCUGGCUCAGAAUCAGGGCUCAACAAGUGACAAGCAAUGUCCCUCUCCCGCCCCCCAAAGGCCCUCACACAUCAACAGAGACUCAAUGGCAUCUAAAGAGGAGCCAUUUGGGUCAAUGGGAAGCUUCAGAUUUGCCCAGAUUCACUUUUCUUUCCCAUUUUCCUACAUUUUGGGUCUCUUUACCCUUCUCGCUUUCCUCAGCUUUUUACUGCUCCUCCAACCUCCCACUCCCAGGCCUGACCUCUUCAGAGUCCCCCGCUUUCCCUUGCUCCUUCCCCAAAUAGCUGAUAACCAAAUUCAUGCUAUGGUGUGAAUGACUACCCUUGGCUUGGUACUACAAACUCUAGUUAUAUUUGUAUAUGAAAAGAGGGCUAAUGCUUAAGAGGCCAAAUGGAUGAAUGGAGGAAUUUUAGGAGCUGUGUGGGAGGAGGGCAAGGCAGAACUUUCCUGGCCCUGGGAGUGAGUGUGUGGGGUACAGUUAAGUGAAAGAGCUUUGGAUGAAGGUUAUUCUCAGGUGGCUGGAACCAGGCUAAGAAGUAGGAUUUGGGACUUAUCUAUGCCUCCUUGGGGACAACAGAUUCCCCAGGUAAAGGAAAUAAGCUUUACAUGUGCUUGUUCCUUUCUGAGCCUGGUGUAGCUCAGCAGGGUGGUUGUUGCUGUGUGACCCUGAGGAGACCAUCUAACCUCUCUGAGCCUCACCUGAGAAUGAGAAUACCCACCUUACGGGGUUGCUGUGGGGCUCAGGUCCAAGGUACAGGGAAUGACUUUGCCAGCCAUAAAAUUCAGUUCCUUCCAGGGCCUGUGUCCGCCCUGGAGCCCAGCAUCAUGUGCCCACCACGGGCACUGGACAUGUCAACCUGUCCCCUGCCCAUGCACAGGGCUCUCAAGUGUCCUGGGACCCCCUCACCUCCUGUCUUGCUCUGGCCCCACAGGCCUCCUUCUGGAAAAUAAAUCCUC